UGAAAGUUACAAUCUAUUGAAUUUCGUUUAUUAGCUCCAGUGUGCAGUUAAAAAGAACAAAUCUAAUGCUAGGUUGAAUAGUGUAUCAAAGGGAUCCAUUAUUUUCCAAAUGUUAUUAUGAUUUAAGGACGGAUAAAGAGAUAGGCUUUUACUUUUUCUCAUAGCAGGAUCGAUUGAAAGUUCGAAUAUAUGUUUAUCUGUAUCGUUGUUUAUGUUCGUCGUUCAUCAUUUAAGCUCGUAAAUUUAAAUAAUAGGGAACAUAACCUAUACUUUGUACAGCAGUUAUAGACAACAAAUUUAUAAACACAACACAAUGUGAAACCAUUCUCAAUUCCUGCAAAUUUUUUCUGAACAAUAACAUUUAAUCGAAUAUAGAAAAUAAAUAAAAAAAAAAUAUAUAUAUAUAUAUAUAUACAAACAGUGAUAUUGUAUCUUGAAAGAUACACUUAUAGAAAAGAAAAAAAACAUUGUUGGAAGUGGGGGACUUUAAUAUUUACAAGAUCAACUUUAGCCAACAAGAAUGCCAGUUUUCCAAGAAUGUACAGAUGAAAUUGAAACACAGACAAUUAUUGUAAUUCACCCUGGAUCUAUGUAUCUUCGUAUGGGUCGUGCUUCAGAUUUAAAGCCAUGUACAUUAUUAAAUGCUGUAGCAAGGAGACGCUUGCCAGGUGGAAUAAAAUAUAGGGACAGCUUUUUACCACCAGUUGUACCGGUAAAUAAAGAACUGAUGCAAGGAAUGGAAGAAUCUCGGCUGCAGAUCUCACAUACUUUACAGUCCUGUUUACAAUCGGACGGGAGUCGGAGAUAUGCGACGCCACCGCAACAAUUAGCACCCUACAAUCGUAGAUCCAGCCCAGUAGUCUGUCCUUCAAAUAGCAGCAGUUGGAUAAAAACUGAUCGCGAUGUAGUUGUCGGGGAUGGUGUUUUUAUGUUAGAUCCAGACGAGGAUUUUAAUAUCCACUUCCCAUAUAAAAGGGGUGAGCUCAAUGUUCACUCGGGUCCGGGUGGCAGUGUGAGAGCUGUUAUGGCAGAUCUCAAGACAAUCUGGGAAUAUGUAUUGACCGAGCAAUUGAAUAUCCCACUGAAAGAUCUGAAGCAUUAUCGCGCAGUACUUGUCAUACCUGACAUUUAUCACAGGCCUUAUCUAAAGGAACUAACAUCUCUGAUGCUAUGUGAGAUGGGUUUCGGCAGCUGUUUCUUGUUACAAGAUCAUGUAGCUGCGAUAUUCGGAGCGGGUCUGAGUUAUGCAUGUGUGGUGGACGUUGGCGCUCAGAAAACGUCGGUGUCUUGCGUGGACGAUGCAAUUUCUCACAAGGACACUCGAGUGCGUAUGGAUUACGGCGGCGGGGAUAUUACACAGGCUUUCUAUUGGCUUUUACAGAAGAGUGCAUUUCCUUAUAAACUAUGUGAUCCGACCAACAAGUCAGAUGCGACUCUUUUAAAUCAGCUGAAGGAAGAUUCCUGUCACGUGGAUUUAAAUGUUUGCGGCUCGCAGGAGAAGAAAUUUGUUGUUGAAAAACCAAAGCAGUCAACGGAGAAGUACACUUUGCAGGUCGGUGAUGAGUGCUUAAUAGCUCCUUUGAGCUUAUUUCAACCUGAAUUAUUUCGAAUUACUGGAGCACACACAGUACACGUACAAAAACGAUCAACGGGCGACCCGGAAGAUCUCUUCGAUGAGAAUUAUUUAAGAGAAACUAGUAGACGAGGAAUAAAAGAGACUCUCGAGCAAACGUCAGAGAUGCAAGAAGAGACGGCUGCGCCCACAAAUGUAGGCGAUGAUGAAGUUGUAGUUGAUUCGGUCAAUGAUUCCGCACCUGCUUUGUCAAACCGCGAUUCGGAAGGUCCCCGAGAUUUCGUAGUAGGACCGCAACAACUAUUAGGUCUUGACCAUGCAAUAUUGCAAAGCAUUGAGCGAUGUCCUACCGAUGAUCUGAAGAGGAAAAUGUACAGUUGUGUGCUAGUCGUUGGUUCGGGAAUGAAGUUUAGAGGCAUCGGGAUGUGGCUGCGAAAUCGAAUAUCAUUGCAAAUACCUUACAUGUACAGGGCUGAGCAAUUGGACAUUAUAACGGAACCGAAGGAGAUGGAUCCCGGCAUAACAACUUGGAAAGGUGCGGGAAUUCUAAGUUGUCUAGAAACAGCCCAGGAAUUGUGGAUUCCUUGGGGAGAAUGGCAACGAUACGGGGUCAGGAUAUUAAGAGAAAGAACUCCAUUUUUGUGGUAAAAAAAGAUAUCUGCCA